AUGUCCGACAACCUUGGCGCGCCUUCUGCUCCUUGCUCCUCCUCCUCCGCCUCCUCCUCUCCCCUUCCUCACCCAGCAUGGUGCUCUCAACCCUCCCGCGUCCUCUACCCACCAGCUCACUCUUCUUCCCUUCUCCACUCGCGCCCGACAGCCCAUGCUUCCUCUUCCGCAGUCUCCCGCACUCUCUCGGAUCAGCUCACCGCCUCUCCUCUCGUCUCCUCCUUCCCUGUUCCAGCACAGGAUCCUUCCUCUCCUCCUCUUCCUCACCCUGCUGCUGACUCCGUCUCAAUUGGCCUCUCUCUCUUCGCUCCAGAAGUCCGCACCCAGAACAAAAUCGAGAACUUCCGUGGAGCAGGGAAGACAGAAGGGCCCCGGACUCUCUUCAACCUGGUUGAUGAUGAUGCUCGAACUGGCAAGGGAAGCAUUGACAACGAGCAUGAGAGCGCGGAACCGUCCUCGCUCUUCGCAGCGGGAACCGAUUGCCUGGCGCCCUUCACUCCGGCGCAAGAAGAGGUAGCAGAGUGGAAAUUCCCGAGCAAAGAGAACCAGAGAGGAGGAGUUUGGCUGAUAGGGAGCAGAGUGAAGCUGUACUGGGAGGAUGACGAUGAGUGGUACGAAGGCAGAGUGCUGGACUUCAUCUCCACACCUCAGCACGACAGUCAUGGACAGUUCGGGUGCUUGCACAAGAUCGAAUACGUAGACGGGAUUUUCUCAGAAGUGAUCGAUGAAAAUACAGUCUGGCAGUAUCUUGCAGAUGCGAAGACGAUAAAGAAGCUGAGGAAGUACAACGAGCAGCGACAGUCUUCAUCGGCAGCUGCAGCCUCGACAUCAAAACCAUCCAAGUCAACUGAGCGCUCAAGAUGUUCCCGGACGAACAUAAGCUUUCAUGAGUCUGACUGUGAAGCCUUCGAGUCCGACGAAAUCUUCGCGCCCAACAAGCAGCGCAAGAGGGGGAGGAGUGAGACGUCCAAGAAGAGUCAACCAAGAAGCUGCUCUCCCUCCAAGGGAUCAACGGCCUCCGAGCCUGCGCAGAACUUGAACUCCUUGAGGAAAAAGAAGCUGCAUGUCAAGUUGGGACGUCACAAAGUCCACAAAAAUUUCCUGUACGACAGUAUUGACCCGCUGUACAUGGGAUGCAGACUCGAGCUGAAGGAGGAGGGAGGAUGGAGAAGAUGCAGCGUCAUCAAGAUCUUGAGCGACAAUCAGACAGCUCGGCUGCUCUUGGACGACGGGCUGACGGUGCGGCAGGGGGAGCAAGAGCAAGAGCAGAAGGAAGAUGAGAAGCAGAACGAGGAGGAGGAGGAGGAGGAGGAGGAGGAGGAGGAGGAUCAGAAGCAGGAGGAAGAGGAUCAGAUGCAGGAGGAAGAGGAGGAUCAGGAGGAGGAGGAAGUGCUGGUGGUUUUGGUGGUGGAGGUGGAGAGAAAUUUUUACCCCUACGAAAUGCACAGGGCACCGCCGACGGGUCUCUACAACCUUGCGGGAGACUUGAGGCUGCCGCUGGGACUUGACUCGUGGGAUGAAAUGAGGCCGGGAUGUCACAUCCGUGCGCUGUUCGACGAUGGUUUCCACUACCUCGGCAUCAUAGUAUACGAGAACGCGAGCGAGUGCAAGGACAAGAGGUCGUUUCACAUCAUUUUCGAGGACGGCGAUGAAUUCGACGCCAUGGUGCCGGACCCUGAGAUCAGCCCCGUGCCCCUCUACUGCAGCGAGUGGCUGCUAAGGAUGGGCAGCAAGUGGUGGGGGCAUCGAUACGCUGCUAUGCUGCGGGCUGGGCUGGAGGCGAAGAUAAGGACAAUGGGAGAAAUGGAGGAAAUAGUGGAGAGAGAGUACCCCCGAGAAGGCAGUUGGAUGAACAGGGACGAUCAUCACGUGCUCAAGAAGAUUCGACUUAGAGAAGAUGGCUCUUAUAUCGCCAAGAGAGACUUGCUAAGAUUUGUCAAACAACGGGGAGGAGUAGCAGCGCUGGAUGAGAGGAAGGGAUGGCACGAGGUGGUGAAGCUGCUGCGGGUGAAUCAUCCCAACAUGGAGGAAGCAUGCCGGCUCCUGCGAUCCUGGUCGCUAGAGCCCAAGAACCACUUCCACAAGGAUCAUGAUAGGGGCGGGAAGGAGAGGGAGGGAGGGGAGGGGAGGGGGGGCGGAGAGGAGAAAGAGGUAAGUUUCAUCCCCCGCUACAUCGACUGGGGGAGAGAGCAGGUACCUACCUGCCUUUACGAGGUCCACAAGAAGAUUCUUGUCUCGAUCUUUCCGCCAGAGCUCAUCGCCGAUGGGGAGGUGCUGAAGCAUUCGCAAGCCUGGAAGAAGUGUGCCCUGAUAGGAAACGCCUGCUCCAAGAAAUGCUCCUGCCCCUUCACCACCGCCGAGGAGCUGCAUGACGGCAUAGAGCGACAGCGGGCAGCGAGGAGGAGAGUCGGCGACGAGGACAGGAUGGAGGAGGAAUUUGUGCAGGAGGAGCGUAGCAAGGGCAGGGAUCGCAGAUACCAGUUCCAGCCUGCAGACUGCAACGACUUCCUGGUGAGGUUUAAGGCAGCAGAAGAUGAGGAGGAGGAGUCGGCCGACGAGGACGCGCCCAAUGACUCGGGCUACAGCAUGCAGAACCCCUUCGUCGACCCCUACAUGUACCACCGGUGCUGUGGAAUCACAUUCCUGCGCAAGAAGGACCUGGUCCUCCACUGGGAGAGGCGGCACAGGGACGGGGUGGUCCCUUGCGACCAGGGGUACGAGGAGCUAGGAAAGUCUUCUCGCACCAGGAUCAACAUGUUCGGGCUGGGGCGGCCGAUGGUGCUGAAGCAGGCGGAGCUGACGCUCAGCACAACCCCGGCAGAUGUGCUGGUGUACAGGAGCGAUGGAGGAGACGGCGAGAUGAGCAGGCAGGGGACGGGGGGGAAGAACGGAAAGUUCCUGUCCUCACAGACGCUGGAAGCACGACUGGGCCCCUUCGCCGGGCUGGUGGCCGACCGUCUCCCACACUUCCUCUUCCAAGAAAGCGAGCCAGCUGGUCCUGACCUCGUCAUCCGAUAG